UCGCUGCCGUCGUUAAACCGUUCUCUAGGUCCAAACCGCGGCGCGCCCUGGGAGGCGGCGCAAGCGCAGUUGCGUCUGACCGUUACUAUAGCAACCGGGUCUCCAGACCGCCGAUCCUAGCUGCUCUGUCAACAUCUUUGAGUCGCGGCAGUUCCAGAUGCCGGGCAGGCAGGAAACUAUGUAAAAGAAUCUUCUGAUGUCAUAAUUUCUGGGUGUUACUGGAACCUCUGAUCAUCAUUCCCUUGGCAAUUCCAGCUUUUUAUGGAAGGUCAGUAGAAGCCAUUUAUUUAUUCACCUCUACAAGAAUCAGACUCAGCCUAUUUUGGUUUUCAGUGAAUUAUGGUUUUACGGUUUGGAACUCAGCCAAGGAGGUUUCCAGUGGAAGGAGGAGAUUCUUCAGUUGGGCGAGGAUCUGGGCUGACCUCCAGUGCCGCCUGUAACAGGAAUGAGAUAUCACCAAAUAGGCAGCUCCGAAGAUGCCCUGCAAGUCAUUGCCUGACAAUCACUGAUGUCCCCAUCACUGUCUAUGCAACAAUGCGAAAGCCACCUGCACAAAGCAGCAGGGAAAUUCCUCCUAAGUAGCAUCAUUAAGUCACUGGUGGACGGUUGGCUAGGUCAAGGGUAAUGGGCCAGUAUCACACUAUGAUCUGGUAAACAAAUAAAAGUGGUGGCACUGUUGGAUGAUGACAGUAGUUGUGCUAUUUAAUUUAAGAAGACAAAUAGAAUCAGUAAAACACGUAGGGACCAGCCAUCUGGUGUGUCCGAUAGAUGGGGUCACAGUAAUGGUUCUGGAUUGGAAACUGCCUUAGAUAUUGUCUUGCUCAGAGUGGAUGAUUGAUAUCAGUAACUCCGGUUAUCAGUCAGCUGAGACCUAGUCUACCUGCUUUUAAAUUAUUUUAAUCCUUCUGUUGAAUGUUUCUCGUGAAACCUAGGUAUAGAAGGAAUGUUGCUUUUCCUUCUUCCAGGAACUUUGUAAAAUGGCAGUGCUUAGGAGGUGCGGUGUGGGUAAUAACUAUUAUGGAGCCCUGCUUUCCUGAAAUUCGUUCAGUAAAUAUUCAUUGAGCAUACACUCACAUGCCAGACAGUAUUCUAGGCACAUGUGACACAUCUGUGAAUAACACAGGCAAACAUUCAUGCAGCUUACAUUUUUGGACAAUUUAAUGCUCUCUGACUCUAAAAAUUCUGUGUACGUGUGUGUGUGUGUGUGUGUGUGUGUGUGUGUGUGUGUGUGUGUGGUGUCAGGAGCAUUGUGAUUGUAUACUGCUGAUAAUACUGAAAUGGUUUAUCUUAGUAGUCCCAAGAGAGAAUGAAUAGGGUUCAUACUUCAAAGUUUGCUGAGUUAAAUGUGUUAUAUUUAUUAUUUUAAUGAUCUAGCAAGGAAAUUUCUCUUGAUACACUUUAUUAUUGUGUUAAACAUAAGAAAAUAAGAGACCAGAGAUGAAAUGCACUCCAGUGUCUUUCUGAGACUCCUUCCCUAGUUCCUGACUGAGAGAUGACAUGAUUAUUAUUGGACAAAGGAUAGGUAGAUGCCCCACCAUAGGUUUACCAAAUGAAAAUGCUAGGAUUCUUUUCUUUUGGUGUAUGUCUGCAAAUGUGUGUGAAAAACAUUUAAAAUCAUAUAUAGUAGAUUCUACUGCUAAGUGCUUGGAUUUUCUUUAUGUUCCCCAGUUCAGAUAUUCCAGAGAAGAUGCCCACUUGUUCAUUCUGUCUUUUCAUACCAGGUAGUGGGAUGUUGCUUUACUGUAAAGCUGUAGAACCGUGAUGACAACACUUUUAGAGUUCUCUGUGAUACGUGCAGCCUGCUGAAGCACAAGCAGCCUGCUGUGGCACGUGUGCCAUAGGUUUGCCACCACUGCUACGGCAGCCUGCUGUUCUUGUCCAGUGUCAGCUGAGGCCACAAUAGGGACGUGGGGCAUGUGCCUAACUAGGGCUUCUCCACAUAGGACUCUGGGAGGCCCUGCUCAGAGCAGUGGUUCAGAAUCACAUGAGGGCUUAUAUUUCUCUCUGUGGUGUACUCAGAUGCUGUGAUCAACUAACAGAAAGCAAAUCCUACUUGUUUCCCAUAGAAGUGGAGAGGAAAGGGUUUAUUGAAGGAACAGGUUCAAGCUCUUGUAAUGUUGAAUUUGCAGUUUUGGAAGAUCACGGUGUUGGUUUAAUGAGGUGUACUGGGCUCAGGAGAUGGCCAGUUGUGAUCAUAGAAAUAGCCCUCCAGCAUGCCCUGGGGCAAUUUCAGAAAAGAAAGCUGGUUAUAUUAGAGCCAUUUCCACUGCUUGGAUCUGAUAGAAAAAUAUCAUGAGCUUCAGUGUGUUUUGAACACUUCAGUUAUGGCCUCAAACCCUUUAGAUGCAGUCUGUAGGCCAGGAGCCACACACGCCUUUCAGAAGGUUUUGUUUGGUCUGCAUGUAUUUUCCCUUUGAGGUCGUUGCUUUAAUUCCCAACUGAAAGAUCAGGCUAUUUCAAACUCCCCCGAUGUUACAUGUCCACCUUCUUUUGGAAACGCUGCCCUUCUGGACUUGUGUUCUUUUGUGGUGACAGUGGUUGAGCUGACCACCAGCUGUCCUUGUAGAUGAGCUGCAGGUGAGCCUAGAUUUUCUCCAUGAGACCCCACAGCCUCACUCCGGUGUGCAGGAGAGCCUUCUGUCCGCUGGCCUUUGGGUUUGUGGCUCCUGCUUUCCAGCUCAGUGGAGGGUCAGCCUGAAGGCGGACAGACUUCCAGGCAAGAAAGCAAGGGCCAGUCAUGGUGCCCCAGGGGAGGCGGGCAACUUUAGUGUCAGUCUUGGCUCCUAGGUUUAGAUACCUGCUCCUAUGGGCCGGGGAUUUAGCUCAAGGGCACAAGUGCCUGCCUGGCAAGUGUGAGGUUGUGAGUUUGAUCCUUGGUAAAUAGAUGGAUAGAUGGAUGGAUGGAUGGGUAGAUGGAUGGAUAGAUAGAUAUCUAUUCCUAGCAGACAAAAUACCUGAGUUGCAAAUGUUACCCACAGGAUUAAUGUAAUGAAAUAAUGAAAUAGUAAUAAACCUCAGCCUGUUAUGAUGACUAGCACUUAAUGGUAAUUCAUCAAAAUAUUUUAUACCUCAUCCCUUCAAUAGUUACUCAUUUUGUUUAUAUCAGUUCUGCUGAUACCGAGGUCUAUUUUCUCUCUUGUUUCAGGGCUUAUUAUCUUCUCAUGUAUAAUUAUUUUAUCUCAUUUUCCAUAUUUUAGUAUCCUACCAUCUACAGUAAUCACAUGUACGUUUCUUUUUGUAGCAUUUAUGGAUAUGGAUACUAGGAAAAAUGUAAAAUUUUAGAAAUAAGACUAGUAUUGCUUCAGGUAUGCGGAAGAAAGACUUUUUUGUUGUUCUUUUGUUUGGUGGUGGUAGUGCUGGGGAUGGACCUGGGGCUUUGUGCAUGCUAAGUGAGGGCUCUGUCGAGGAGGUGUAUCCCCAGUCACGGAGGUGUACCCCCAGUUCAGAAGAUCUUUAAUAAAAAGCCAUUCCUGUUUUGCAACUGAA